AUGACUGUAGAGGAAUGUGCUGCCAUGUUUGACGCAGUUUCAAUGCGGGAGGCAUUUUGGUUUCGCUUUGCGCUCGUCCCACGAACUGCCGAGCAUCUUGAGCAAAGCUUGCUUGUGAUGCAUUGUAUAGUAUCAAUCGUUGUUCAAACGUGGUCAACGAUCACAAUACCGAUUUUACUUAACGAAAUUCUUGCAAAGAAAAAUUCAGGCUACUAG